AUGAUGAACAAGCUGUCAGGACAGCCAGACAGCUACGAUAAAAAGUCUCAGUACCGAUUCGGCAGGACAUUGGGAGCAGGGACGUACGGCAUCGUGAGGGAAGCAGAAUGCGGCGGAGAAAGAUAUGCUAUCAAGAUCAUUCUCAAGAAGAACGUCAAAGGCAAUGAGAAGAUGGUGUACGACGAGAUGGUCCUGCUGCAGAGGAUGAAGCAUCCCAACAUUGUCCGGUUUCACGAUUGGUUCGAGUCGAAGGAUAAGUACUACAUCGUCACCCAACUGGCGACAGGGGGAGAGCUUUUUGACCGGAUCUGCGAAUACGGCAAGUUUACAGAGAAAGACGCCUCUCAAACGAUCAAGCAAGUCCUCGAAGCCGUCGACUACCUCCAUUACAACAACGUGGUCCACCGAGAUCUGAAACCCGAGAAUCUCCUCUACCUGACCAAAGACGCACACUCUUCCCUCGUUCUCGCCGACUUCGGCAUCGCGAAAAUGCUCGACUCCAAAGACGCAAUGCUGAAUACCAUGGCCGGCUCAUUUGGCUACGCAGCCCCAGAAAUCAUGAUGAAGCAAGGCCACGGCAAGCCCGUUGACAUGUGGUCCCUAGGCGUCAUCACUUACACCCUCCUCUGCGGCUACUCCCCUUUCCGCAGUGAGAACGUUGCAGACCUGAUCGAAGAAUGCAAAAGCGGGCGCAUCGUGUUUCACGGCCGUUAUUGGAAAGACGUCAGCUCAGACGCCAAAGACUUCAUCGUCAGCUUGCUGCAACCAGACCCUAGCAAACGAUUCACGAGCGAAGAAGCCCUGCAAGACGUCUGGCUAACAGGCAAGACAGCCACAGACUUCGAUUUGCUACCUGAGUUCCGCGCUAUCAUGGCCAAGGCUCGUCUGAAGCGUGGCAUCAAUGUCAUCAAACUCGCCAACCGCAUCGAGGCGCUCAAGAUGCAAGACCCAGAAGACGAAGACGGAACGUUGAGCCAACCUGAUAUACCGGCGGACUCGGCGGAAAUGGCAGGGCAAAAGCUGGCCAAGAAAGGUACAGCCAGUACUGGGUUGCCGACCAACAAUACUGGGAAGAAAAAGACUUUGAGCGAGGUGGCCAAGGGGGCUAUAUUCCGGGAGGUCGUGUUUGCCAAGGUGAGGGAGGAGAAGGAGAAGGUGGAGAGGGAAAAGGAGGCCAAGGCAGCGGAGGAAAAGGCGAAAAGGGGGAGCUACAAUCCCCCAAGAUGA